CUUGCGGCCACGGGAUCCGGAAGUGCGGUGACCUUGUUUUAGAGGCAACUUGAAGAUGUCGGCGAAAGUCUGUGAGAGAGUGAUCCGAGCGGCGGCCCGGGGUUGCAGUGUGUCCGUCCGGCCGUACUCCCAGGCAGCCGAGACGGUGCUCGGAAAGGAUGGGGUAAAUGUGGAAGCCGCCGUACCGCAUGCACAAAGCGGGCAAAAAACAGCCGAGGAAUCCCGCUCCUUUGCUGUCGGCAUGUUUAAGGGGCAAAUUCACACUGAUCAAGUAUUCCCCUACCCGUCAGCGCUGAGUGAGGAGCAGUCACAAUUCCUGAGUGAGCUGGUCGCUCCGGUGUCUCGAUUCUUUCAGGAGGUAAAUGACCCGGCCCUUAACGACUCUCUGAAGAAAGUAGAUGACAAAACCAUGGCUGGCCUGAAAGAGCUGGGAGCGUUCGGCCUGCAGGUCCCCACUGAGCUCGGCGGCAUGGGUCUGAAUAACACGCAGUAUGCCCGCCUGGUGGAGAUCGUGGGGCUGCAUGACCUUGGCGUGGGGAUCACUCUGGGCGCCCAUCAGUCCAUCGGCUUCAAAGGGAUCCUGCUGUACGGCAACCGCGAGCAGAAGGCCAAGUACCUGCCUCGUCUGGCUUCAGGUGAAACGAUCGCCGCUUUCUGUCUGACGGAGCCGUCGAGCGGGUCGGACGCCGCAUCCAUCAGAACCACCGCCAAGAAGAGCCCCUGCGGUGGGUAUUAUACCCUGUCGGGGGGCAAGAUCUGGAUCAGUAACGGAGGAAUCGCCGACAUCUUCACUGUGUUCGCGAAGACGCCGGUGGCGGAGCCGACGAGUGGAGACGUGCGAGAGAAGAUCACGGCCUUCAUAGUGGAGAGAGGAGAAGGGGUCACUCACGGCCCCCCGGACAGUAAGCUGGGGAUCCGGGCGAGUAACACGGCUGCCGUUCACUUCGACGAGGUCCGGGUACCGGCAGAGAACGUGCUGGGAGGAGAGGGCAACGGCUUCAAAGUGGCCAUGAACAUCCUGAAUAACGGGCGCUUCGGGAUGGCCGCUGCCCUGUCCGGCACCAUGAAGGGCAUGAUCCAAAGAGCGGUGGAACACGCUUCAAACCGCGUCCAGUUCGGUAACAAACUUCAUCACUUUGGGGUCAUUCAGGAGAAGUUGGCACGGAUGGCGGUACUGCAGUAUGUCACGGAGUCCAUGGCUUACAUGAUCAGCGCCAACAUGGAUUCCGGGAGUAAGGAUUUCCAGAUCGAAGCCGCCAUCAGCAAGAUCUUUGGCUCGGAGGCAGCUUGGUCGGUGACCGACGAAUGUAUCCAGAUUUUGGGGGGCACGGGUUUCAUGAAGGAUUGUGGCGUGGAGCGCGUUCUCCGGGAUCUUCGCAUAUUUCGCAUAUUUGAGGGAACCAAUGACAUCCUCCGGUUGUUUGUAUCGUUACACGGCUUGCAGAGCGCCGGGAAGGAGCUGAAGUCUCUGCAGAAAGCCCUGAGCCGACCGCUAAAUAACCCCGGGCUGCUGAUCUCGGAGGGGCUGAAGAGAGUGCGGAGGAAGGCCGGGCUCAGUACAGGACUCACCCUGAAAGGACACGUCCACCCCGAGCUGGAGAGAAGUGCGGAACUGGCUGUCGGCGCUCUGGAGGAUUUCGGGGUCACCGUGGAAGAGCUGCUGAUCAGACACGGCAAGAGGAUUGUGGAUGAGCAGUUCGUGCUGCAGCGGAUCGCAGACUGCGCCAUCGACCUGUACGCCAUGACAGUGGUUUUGUCCCGGAGUUCGCGCUCACUGGAGCAGGGGCUCCCCGGGGCUCUGCACGAGAAGAUUCUCUGUGACAUCUGGUGCUCCGAGGCCCAAUCACGCGUCCGUAAGACCCUGCGGAGCCUGCGCAGCGGGGGAGGAGGCAGCGAGCUCUUCCGGAACCUGCGCUCGGCGUCGGCCGCCCUGGUGGAGCACGGCGGGGUGGUGGCGUCUCACCCGCUGGGCUUUUAAGCUGUGACCGGCAGGGGGUGGCGGUAGCCGGUCCCCCCAGCGUUACUCUCUGCCUUGGAUCCCAAGUGCCUCCAUUCACACAAUAAACCCGGUGACCCAA